UAGAUUCAACACUUUGCCAUCUUAGUCUUUUAAACAUUUUAAGUAAUAAUGAUGAUAAUGAUAAAAAUACACUUUCUCGUAAAAGAAUAAUAUUAGAUAUUAAUGAUAAUAAUCAUGCACUUUCUCAUAAAAGAAUAAUAUUAGAUAUUAAUGAUAAUAAUAAUCAUGCACUUUCCCAUAAAAGAAAAAUAUUAGAUAUUAAUGAUAGUUUUGAAGAGGAAGAAUUAUACAAAAAAUUAAAAAAUUAG